AUGGUCCGAGAGGACCUGGUCGAGGGUGCUGUCGCAUUCCUACAAGACCCAUCCGUCGCUGGUGCGCCUAUUGAACAGCGUAUGGCCUUCCUCCGAUCCAAAAAUCUCACCCCCGAAGAGAUCGAUGCAUCGCUUGCACGUGCCGGUCAGUCAGGCGCUUUAGUCGCCUCGCAAUCAGCCCCUGCACAAUAUCGACAAGCGGCACCACAAUACAACAAUGGAUCUUACCAAUCAGGAUACCCAGCAUACUGGCAACAGCCUCCUCCAGAACCGCCGCGGCGGGAUUGGCGAGAUUGGUUCAUUGCGGCAACAGUGAUGGGAGGCGCAGGAUAUGCUCUGUACUGGACUGCAAGGCGAUACGUCGUUCCGCUCAUCGCACCACCCACGCCUCCUCAAAUCCAACAGGACAAAGCGAGCGUGGAUGCCAGCUUCGACAAAGCCUUCGCUCUCCUCGAACAGCUCGCGACCGACACUCAGCAAUUGAAGGACUCAGAAGCUGCGCGAAAGGAACGCCUUGACGUUGCCCUCUCCGAUGUCGAAAAUGUCAUCUCGAGAAUGCGACAAGCCAACGAAGACCGCGAUCUCGAAGCCAAACGAAUUGCUCGGGAAAUCAGCGAAAUCCGUGAACAAAUCCCUCGCGCAAUUGAAAAGGAAAAGGAAGCCACGGACAACCGCCUCAAGGAGCUCAACGUAGAAAUGAAGAGCUUGAAGACACUCGUGGUAAACCGCAUGGUCGGAGGUCAACAACCAACCACUCCCUCGAGAGUACCCACCCCUGUUUACGGCCAGCAGCAGCAACACCAACAACACCUACAACAGCACAUUCCCGCAAUCCCCGGCUCAGCAACCGCUCACACACCCGAGCCUCGCACCAACGGCAUCCAAUCACCAUCUGUCGAAGACAGCGCUGCCAGCCCCGUCGCAGGCGGCAACGCUCCCGGCACGCCCUACAGCCGUCUAUUGAACGGCAAGGCGGCGAUCCCGAGCUGGCAGCUGGCCGCGCAGAAGCGAAGCGAAGAAGCCAAAGUUGACAGCGGGGGCCCAACGCAGAAUACUGCCGAAAGCGGAACCGUGGCUGAGGGAUCAUAG